AUGGCGUGUAGUAAAUACGAGCGCUACAAGCACACUUCGAAGAAUGGCAUAUACACCCAAGACCAGUUGUUCAACUACCUGAAGCAUGCUCAUCCAGUUGGGCUCUCCAUAUUGCUUGCGCACGACGAUUUCGAGAUCAAAGAACAUGUGCCGGGCCGCUUCGCUCUCAGAGUCGGCUACACCUCCACUCGAUCUGGAGAGAUAAAAAACGAGCUAUGGCUGACCGAAGUCAACGCAAAGACGACGGGAAAGUUCAAAGGUCUGCACUACCACACUCUUGAAGACGGCAGUGUGAAUCAGCAGGUGCAUGGAUCACAAGGAUUCAAGGGCACUGGCGUUUUCAGCAAGUUCACAAAGAGUGGACGUGUGAGUGGCUUCGCCUUCAUUACGAAGGCGCUCUUCCAGCUUAUCAUGCUCUACACCGGCCAUAGAUCAGUGUACAGCACAAUCGGAAACGAUCACAUGACUCUCGGUCAUCUUACUAUCGCGCUGGGGGCGAUUGCUAAGCAUGGCGCCCCCGUAGGAGAGGUAGACGUGGCUGAGGACGGCGAGGAGGUAGCUGCUGGUAUUGGAGAAGACGGUAAUCUGAUCGUGGCGGAAGAAGGCGGCGAACCAUCACUUGAGGGCAAGGACAACAGGAGCAAGGAGGCCAUGCAGGCGGAAGUUGAUGAGGGUGCCUCAGCAAAGAAGAUUGGCGCAGACUAG